GUUGAGUGUCAGAGAGUAUAUUCUCUCACUUUACCGUUUGAAUCGCGACCGCUCGCACGCGUUUUCCUCUGCCUCUGUCGCUUCGUUUCUUUGCUCCUUUUGAAAAGGGAGGGAAAGAGACAAUCGCGAUAAAAACAAAAAUCAGUAACAGACAAAUCAAGUCAAACGAAAAACACACAAAAUCAAAAGCAGAAAUCAAAUUUUUUCCAUUCCUAUUGUCUGCCGUUCGUCCAAAUAAAAAGUGCAUUUAACGCCAAGUGCCAAGUGAAAAUCAAACAAACGAAAUUCAAGUGCAAAAUAAAGAGAUAACAACCAAAAUAAAUAUACAACAAAUCUGUGUACAGUGUACACACCUAAAGCGUCCUGCAGGAAGGACUUCGUCAAAGUUUUACUCGGAUCGACUACUUUCGGAUUAUUCCUCAACAACAGCCGAAGGACCGGCAAUAACCACUUCAAGAACAAGAACCAUUUGCGGGAUUUGAAAAACAAAAUUCUCGCAGAGUUCUCUAAAACGAAUCUUGAGAGCCAAAGAAUCAGUGCGAACAAACAAUAAUGGGAGAACUCGAGGAGAAGGAAACGCCGCCAACUGAGACAACGGCCGCACAGCAGGAGACGCUGGAGGAGCCCAAGGAGACGGACAAGAUGUUGGACACCAAGAAGACCGAAAAGACGCCCAGUCCCCAGUCAUCGAAGCCGGCCACCCCCAAUGCAGGCAAGAAGUCGCCUGUGGGUGAAAAAACGAAUGAAGAGAAGGGACACGAAAUCAUUGACAUCCCCGAGGAGAAGGAGAAGCCACAGCCAGUGGAGGGCAGCGGUGCAGCAGCAGAGGAGAAGAAAAUCAGCAAGGAAGAGCGCGAGGUGAAGCCCAAGAAGAUACCCAUCGGUGGCCUCAAGCUGCCAGGUUUCUUUAUGAAGAACAAACCCAAAGCAGAGGGCGACGGUGCCGAAGGAGAGUUGCUCGAGAAGGAUGCAGAAGACAAGGACAAAGAGGCGGCUGCGCUGAAUGGAGAUGCCGCUGCAGCAGCAGCAGCAGCUGAGCCCAAGCCGCGUCCUGGCUUGGGGCAGCGUCUGCGCAGCUUCUUUGUGCGAAAACCGGGAGCCGAAAAGGAGAAGAAGGCGCUCGUAAAUGGAGAUGCGGAUGCCAAGUCGGAAGCCACUGCCGAGGCUGCCGCAGCGGAGGAGGCUGCCGUGGAUCCGCCACCAAAGCGAGGACUCCUGAAUGCCAUCAAACUUCCGAUUGCGAAUAUGAUCCCCAAGCAGCGAAAGAACGGCGACGAUGUGGAGAUGGGCUUGGGCGGCAAAGCAGGCCUCGCCUCGAUGGAGACUCUAGAUGAUUCACUCAAGGAUCAGGACACGGUGGACCGUGCACCCGUGAAGAAUGCCAAUGGCACGGAUGACAUCAAAAGCGAACUGAAGGACGAGAAACUGGCCGCAGAACAGAAGCUGGCAGCCGAAGAGGACGAACGCGAUCGUCCUGUAUCGCUGUUGCGGCGCCUUCGUGGCUACAAAUGCAGCGUGGAUGAUGCUCUGAUUGUCUUCGGGAUCCUGCUGUUUAUGCUGCUCCUUGCGGUGAUUGGCUAUGUGCUGACACACGAGACUUUGACCUCUCCCCCACUGCGCGAAGGUCGCUAUAUUCUUGCGGUCACAGGUUGCGGACCCGUGGAGGGUGUCAAAGAGGACGGAGCCUUUGCCUUCCGUGGCAUUCCCUAUGCCAAGGCCCCCGUCGAUGAGCUGCGCUGGCGUUCCGCACAGCUGAUAGACAGCAUCGAUGGCUGCUGGAACGAUACGCUGCAGACGCACAACAGCAGCGUCGUGUGCACUCAAAGAUUGGGCAACGGCACCACUGUGGGUGAUGAGGAUUGCCUCUACCUGGAUGUGGUUACGCCCCAUGUGCGCUAUACGAAUCCUCUGCCCGUGGUGGUGCUCAUUGGAGCCGAGUCCCUGGCGGGGCCAUCGCCUGGCAUACUGCGUCCCUCGGCCCGUUACUCGCGCUCCCACGAUGUGAUCUUUGUGCGCCCGAAUUUCCGUUUGGGCAUCUUUGGAUUCCUCGCUUUGGACUCGCUUACGAAGGAAGCGCAUCCUAGGACCUCCGGCAACUACGCGCUCACGGAUAUCAUUGCGGUCCUGAAGUGGAUUCAAUUGAAUAUCGUUAAUUUUGGUGGAGAUCCCAAGUCGGUGACUCUUUUGGGACAUCGUGCGGGCGCCACUCUGGUCUCUGCGCUGGUGAGCUCCCCCAAGCUCAAGGACCUGUACACACGCGCCUGGUCCUCCUCCGGAUCGGCCAUAUUCCCCGGAAAGCCCCUAGCAGAGGCGGAGAAGCUCAAUCAGCAGCUGAUGGUCACCUUGGAUUGCAUCGAUGUGGAGUGCCUGCGCGAUGCCUCCAGCGAGAAACUGUGGGCCGCCACACCUGACACUUGGCUGCACUUCCCCCAGGAUCUGCCACAGCCGCAGGAGAUCAACAGCGGCAGCCGUCAUGAGUGGUUGGUCCUGGAUGGGGAUGUGCUCUUCCAGCAUCCCUCAGAGUCGUGGAAGCGUGACCAGGCCACCGAGCAGCCGCUGCUGGUUGUGGGAGCCACCGCCCAUGAGGCGCACACCGAGAAGCUGCGCGAGCUGCACGCCAACUGGACGAAGGAGGAGGUACGCCAGUACUUGAACAACUCACAAAUUGGAGCCCUCGGCCUCACCGAUGAGGUGAUUGAACGCUACAAUGCCACGAACUAUGCCGCUCUGGUGUCCAUCAUCACGGACAUACGGACCGUUUGCCCGCUGCUGACGAAUGCCCGGCUCCAGCCGAGUGUACCCUUCUAUGUGGUUACCCAGGGCGAGGGUGUGGAUCAGCUGGCGACAGUGGAUGCCGAUGUGCAGGCCAUACUGGGACGCUAUGAGCCACACACCGUGGAGCAGCGUCGCUAUGUGUCGGCCAUGCAGCAGCUCUUCUACUACUAUGUGUCCCAUGGCACGGUGCAGUCGUUUGAGCCACGCCGAAGGGUGAUCAAUGUGGGGCAGGAUGCACAGCCGCAGGAGGAUUACGAGCAUUGCAAUUACUGGAUUAGCAAGGAUAUAGUGCCGCGCUAUGCGCGCAUUGAUUGAGGAGGAGGCGACGACUAAGAGAAAAACCAAAAGCAGAACUCCCCACCCCCAUCCCCAUCCAAAAGCCUUUCUCCCAACCCUUUUUCUUUGACUCUUGUAAAUGGAUGAUGUCUGCAUUUUGUCUAGGGGAUUCGUUUUGAGAUGAAUCCCUGAUGAAUGCCCGACACCUUCUGCUCCUUUCUGGCUCCUCCUGUUAGCUGUAGGAGCUAAUCGUUUUGCAUUUAGUUUAGCCUCUAAGUGACUCUAGUGUUUAUAUAAAAGAUACAUUUCUCUUUUCUCUCUCUCUCCCUCUCGCCAUCUGUCGCUCUCUGUCGCUACUGUAUAUUUAGUUGUCUUACAAUUUAAGUUACGAAGUUCUUUAAGUAUCUUAUGUAUCUCUAACCAUAUAAUACUAUAUCAUAAACGACGAUUAAACGUAUUCUCUAAUCUAACAUACACACACACACACACACACACA